GCAGCGACUGAAAUGGACUUUGGAGUAUCUGGGAGAACCCUGAAAUGUCACAUGGGUUCCAUGGAUUGGCACAAGUGUGUGGCUUGUAGCAAGGGGUGGGUAUCAAAAAGAAAUGCUGAGAACCAUGUGCUAUACUCUGAGACUAUGCUGGUUCCUAAACUAGAGCCUGAAGAUUGGUGCAAUGUACGCUUCCCUGAUGAGGUUCACUGGCACGUUGGUCCACAAGGCAAGAUGCGUAUACUCAGGAAACCAGGAGAGAGGUACUGUGCAGACUAUAUACAAGAGCAGAUCACUCGGAAUGACAAGAAGAACUGGGAAGCAGCACACACAUGGGCAGCAGUGGGUUACAACUUCAAGAGUGACCUUACCUUCUACAACACAAUUGGCAACAAGAAUGGCAAGCUAUCCCUCCCGGUAUACAGAGAUCAAAUUCUUGAGCCUAUGGUCUUGCCCUGGCUCAAAAGAGGAGACAACUUUAUCCUAGCGGAAGACAAUAAUAGUGGCCAUGGGGGAGGUUCUGCCAACAAUAUUGUGGCUAUGCGGAAGUAGAAAAUUGGGCUCAACUACUUCUUCAACUGUCCCAAUUCACCAGACCUAUCCCCGAUUGAGGACUGCUGGUAGCCUGUAAAGCAAUAUCUCAAGAAAUUUCCUCAUUAGGAUGAAUUUGAGACCAGAGAGCUUGCCUAUGAGGGCUGGAAUGAC